GAGAGUUCUAGCUUUAUGUUCCCGCUUUUAUAUGUUCUUUGAUCAGUGGUGACAGGAAGACUGCUUGCUCAUUUAUCUCUUUGCUAUGGAAAACAAACGAUUUCAGCAUUGUAUGUGCUUAAUAUUAUUCACAAUAAGUUUAAUUCAAUGCGUAAACCUGUAUGAAUUUGAGAAAGUGGGAAAUUUCGCAUACUACAUAGGAGAGGGCGACAAUGCAUCAGUGAUAUUCUAUUGGUUUGAUGCCCGCYAGGAAUGUCGUUCGAACGGCGGACAACUCGUGUCUGUUGUCUCGGAGACGCAAAUGAAUGAUCUGCAGAAGUACAUCAUCGAUCGGGGAUACGCGAACGGAAGUAAAUUUUUCACGUCGGGCCACAGCUUCCACAGUCCAGAGCCUUUCAAAUGGGACGCGUUGCAGGAGUCAGUCGACUACAGCAAAUGGCUGCCAGGCGAAGGCCCAAAAGACGGCAGUUUUCUGAGUCUACAGCUGAUCGAUUCGGAGCUCUUCAUGGUCACAUCAUUGGGCUUCUAUGAGUACUACAUAUGCGAAUAUGAGACACGGCAACAGAAAUUAUGCAGGAUCCUUAGAACCCCCGAUUUUUAUAUUCAUUCGCUGGCAAUUAUUCUUGUAAUUAUAUUAGCCGUAAAAUUAAUAUUAAUGAAUUCAAAAAGGAAAGCAAAAGAGGAUGAAGAGGCACUAGUUGGGUCUAAUGAUCCAUCAUAAUAUUGUUAUAUUUACGAAUCAUUCUACGUUUCUGUUAUGCAUACAUAUGU